ACAGUUUCAUACUUAGAUAAUAACGAACAUCACGAGAAAUAAAUUAAAAAUACCAUAAUUCGAAAUCAAAAUUUCAUUCAGUAUUUUCGGUUAGUUUGACGAUUUGUGCAUUUCGUGUUAUUUUUUUUAAACGUUUUCGUAAAAGUUUCUUGAUUUUGUUACCUGUUGUUGUAUUAGUAAUAGGUGUUUUACUUUCUUUCGAGUAUUUUCGUCGAGCCUUAAAAUGGCUAUAUCGAUACCGAAAAGGUUCAUUAUCACCGGCCUGGCCUUUCUCGGGUACAUGUUCAUAAACAUAAUACAGGAAUCAUUGACAAAUGUUUUCAUAGAAAUGAGAAAUCAGACUAACAAUUAUACGAGUAGCAAACGUGAGAUUACCCAAAUCGAGGAAGCAAAUACUCUCGGAUUUCUAGUCACUUUUAUCGGUGGAGCCAUCGCAACCACUUAUGGAGGAGCUAUCACAUUCGGAAUUGGGACUGGUUUGAGCGCCUGUUUAGCCAUACUGAGUCCAGCGCUGCGUAAUGUCCCACUCAAUUGGGUCAUACGAGUGAAAUAUCUGGAUGGAUUGUUACAAGGCUUGGCAUAUUGCGGUGUAGCAGAUCUUUGGGCACGCUGGUCGUUACUAGAAGAACGAGCCAGAGUGGUUUCAAUCGCCAUGUCCGGGGCACAUUUUGGUGCGCUUCUCGAACACAUCAUUCCAGUAUUGGGAGCGAACAACAUAAUACCGUAUACUACAAUUUUCAGUGUAAUAGGAGGUUCAGCCGCAAUUUGGUCAAUCAUAUGGCUACUUUACGUUAGAAGUGAUCCUUCCAAAGAUGAUAGCAUAUCAGAAAACGAAAAAACACGAUUAGCGUACAGAAUCAAAUACGUCGGGACUCAUAGAGUACUUCCAGAAAAUUAUCCGUGGAAAGAAAUCUUGACAUCGAAGCCAGUCUGGGCUAUAUUCACAGUAUCAUUUUUGAACAGCUGCGGUUUCGGGUUUUACUAUUAUCACGUACCAAGUCACAUGAUAGAUAAAGGCAUGAUCACCGAAGAAACUUAUCACCGUAUUAGAUUUGCCGCAGAAAUAUGCACGGCCAUAUUUUGGUUUCCAGCCGGAUAUAUUUGCGAUCGGGCAAGAACGAAAUAUAAUCCAACCCAGGUCAGCAAGCGGCUCAUUUGCAUUGGGUUCUUGUCAGUAGCUUCAUUACUCGUCCUGUAUGUAGUAAUAGGAUUCAACUCGUCAUUCACGAUACCCAUGCUUAUAUUAUUCUACAUGAUGUUUCCAUUGGGGAUGGUUUUAUGCGAUCUCGUAUACAUGGUAAAUGUAAUUGAUCUAUCUCCAAAAUACGCCAGCCUCAUAAGCGGAAUCGAAAUCACUUUUUUCACAAUAGGCGAGCUGCUUAGCUCAUACUUGCUUGUGAACCUCUAUACGAGCACGACAAGAGGUUACGAUUUAUAUCUGCCAUACGUUUUCGUCAUAUUCAGCAUUUUUUAUUGUUGUGGAGCAGCAGUAUACUAUUUUUGGGCGGAUACGAAAUUACAAACUUGGAAUCAACAUCCAAGACCCGAAAAUGUCAAAUACGAUAAACGAGCCAGUGCACUUUCAGCACUUACAGUACAAUGAAAAGUAUUUGUCCUUAUUCUAUUUACGAUUUUUUUUUUUAAUCACUGUUUUGUUACUUUUACGUAUUAAUGAAAUAAUUUACCUGCA